AAGAUGGCGCUGGUCGGUCCCGUCUCCCGCGCUCUGGCCGAGCGCUUGUCCCGUUGUCGGUUGCUGGUGGUGGGCGCCGGCGGCAUCGGCUGCGAGCUCCUCAAAAACCUGGUGCUCGCUGGCUUCAGAGACAUCGAGGUGACACUCACGGGCAAACCCCCGGCCCACCAGUGAGCACAUUCGUAUGGAGCACUCCCACAGAAAGCAGCAUCCAUCAUCUUCCCACUCUCUUCUCAUUACGACCGUCGAAGAAGAAGGACAGGAACCUCAGGUCCCACGCCACCAGGUUGACUUGGAUACAAUUGAUGUCAGCAACCUCAACCGGCAAUUUCUGUUCCAAAAGAAACAUGUUGGAAAGUCAAAAGCUCAGGUGGCUAAGGAGAGUGCCCUACAGUUCUGUCCUGAUGCCAAGAUUACUGCUUAUCAUGACAGCAUCAUGAACCCAGACUAUAAUGUGGAAUUCUUCAGGAAAUUUACACUUGUGAUGAAUGCUCUGGAUAACAGAGCCGCCCGUAACCAUGUGAAUAGAAUGUGUUUAGCUGCUGACAUUCCUCUAAUAGAAAGUGGGACUGCGGGAUAUCUUGGUCAAGUCACCGUCAUCAAAAAGGGAAUGACGGAAUGCUAUGAGUGCCAGCCAAAACCAACGCAGAAAACAUUCCCCGGGUGCACAAUCCGAAACACUCCUUCAGAGCCUAUCCACUGUAUCGUGUGGGCAAAGUACCUGUUCAACCAAUUAUUUGGAGAGGAAGAUGCGGACCAGGAGGUAUCACCUGACACAGCGGACCCAGAGGCUGCCUGGGAGUUGUCGAACGCAGCAGCAAGGGCAGGAGCUUCCAGUGAGGAUGGAGAUAUCAAACGUGUUUCAACAAAGGACUGGGCCAGAUCAACAGGCUACGAUCCUGUCAAAAUAUUUAACAAGCUUUUCCGAGAUGAUAUAAAAUACUUGCUCACAAUGGACCAACUGUGGCGCAAAAGGAAAGCUCCUGUCCCAUUGGACUGGGCUGCUGUCGAAAAAAUUGAGACUGGCUCAUCGCUGCAACAAACGGGCACCUCUCAGGCUGGUUUGAAAGAUCAGCAGGUCCUUGACGUGAGGAGCUACGCACACUUGUUUGCACAAAGUGUUGAUCACCUCAAAGCCCGUCUGGCUGAGAAGGGGGAUGGAGGAGAACUGGUCUGGGACAAGGAUGAUCCCCCAGCCAUGAACUUUGUGACUGCAGCCGCUAACUUGCGAAUGCACAUCUUCAGCAUCAGUAUGAAGAGCAAAUUUGAUGUGAAAUCCAUGGCAGGAAACAUCAUUCCUGCUAUCGCCACCACAAAUGCAGUGAUAGCUGGCCUGAUCGUUUUGGAAGGACUGAAGAUUCUCUCUGGGAACCUAGAACAAUGCAGGACAAUCUUUCUGAACAAGCAGCCAAAUCCACGGAAGAAGCUGCUAGUUCCAUGUACCCUGGAUCCCCCGAAUCCCAGCUGCUACGUGUGCUCGGUCAAACCUGAAGUGACCGUCAAGCUCAACACCCAGAAAGUCUCUGUCCAGUUGCUGCAGGACCGGAUUUUGAAGGAUAAAUUUGGAAUGGUGGCUCCAGAUGUUCAGAUAGAGGACGGCAAAGGAACAAUCCUCAUCUCCUCAGAGGAAGGGGAAACUGAAGCAAACAAUAACAAGAUCCUGUCUGAGUUUGGCAUUCGCAAUGGAAGUCGUCUGCAGGUUGAUGAUUUCUUGCAAGACUACACUCUGACAGUAACACUGCUGCACAGUGAAGACCUAGGGAAGGACAUUGAGUUUGAGGUGGUUGGUGAUGCCCCUGACAAAGCACCUCCCAAGCAGAGUGAAGAAGAUGGCAAGGCCAUUACCAACGGCAGCGAUGAUGGAGCCCAGCCUUCUACCUCCAAAGCUGCAGGACAGGAUGACGUGCUUAUUGUAGACUCUGACGAAGAGAUGCCCUCAUCCAGUGGAGCUGAGGCCAAUGCUGAGAGCCACAGUCUGAAGAGGAAGCUGGACGAUGAGAGGGAAGGUGUCAGUGUUAAGCGGAUAUGUCCCAUGCAGGAGGAAGAUGACGACAUCAUCGCACUGGACUGAGCAGCUCAUUCCCCUGACCCUUUCGUCCUGGUGUCACACUGUGCUGUCAGGUAGACUAUAAGGUGGGAUGGGGAGAUUUUAGUUAGGGAUAUUGAAGAGAGGGCUCAGUGAUGUCCCAGCCUUAAUCUAUCAGGUCAGUUUUGGGCUAGGGGAGGGGAGGGGGUUGGAGAGAUGCAAGGAGCAACUGAGAAGAGCACCUAUUCAACAGGUUUGGAGACGAUGUCUGUCACAUUACUGGAUGUAAAUUGUCACCCAAAUCUUUCGGUGCACUGCCUCAUUGUAAACACUUCUCAAGCAUCAACUUAACCUGCCUCCCCUUUCCCUCUUGGCUCAUGAAUCUUCAUAUAAAAUUCGCUGUUGAUGAAGUAUUAAACCCUUCCUCUUUGUAUAACUUAUGCUCAAACAGCGGUGUGUUUUGUAUAUUACUGUAAACACUCACUUUUUCCCCAUCUCUGUUUGUAUUUCCUGACAUCAGAGCCCCUUUUGUCAAUUCCAGGGCCUCCACUUGUGUCUUGUUACAGUUUGUAGUUAUUUAUAUGUGACUUUUGUAUAACACAAAUAUCUUAACUUCCAUUUCCACAAACCUCAGUGAUCAGAUUGUGCCCAGAAGCCCCAAAGAUUGGAAUGAGCCAGGGCAUGUAUCCAGGAGAUUUCUGUGACAAUGAAGUCCCUAGCUGUUUGAGAUGGACUGCACACUGUAGUGAGGGUGUCAGAGGGGCAGGGCAUUUUCAGAAGAGCAGUGACCGUAUUCCAUAGGGAGGCGAGAAAAAUAGAUUGGAAUCUGCAUUUGGACUGUUCUGCAUCCAGUACUGAUCUGAUCAACAUUUAGAAAGAGAGAGAUGUACAUGGCAGAUGGUGUAGCUGGAGGUAUUUUUGUAGCGAAUUUUCAUUGUUGUUUCAGUACAGUUUUUUUUGUAUCCAAAUCGACUACAAACAUAAAGAAAUGCUUUGUUAUCAAUGGCAGUUUUCCUGAUUAAAACAUUGAUUGUGUAAA